AUGGUCCCUGGUGUUCUCCUCACGAUCGGACUCGGCGCUGUCGCCAUCUUCACCAGCUACAUCGUUGGUCAAGUCAAGCUAAAGUACCCCGAGGUCGCCUCCUACGCAGAUGCUGGUCGUCUCCUCCUCGGCCGUGUCGGUUAUGAGCUCUUCGGUGCGGCUCUCGUCCUCGAACUUGUCAUGGUCGUCGGUUCCCACGCCUUGACUGGAAGCAUCGCCCUCAUCAACAUCAACGGUGGCCAUGUUUGCUCGAUCGCCUUCUCCGCCGUCUCCGCUGUUAUCCUCUUGAUCCUUGCCAUCCCGCCCUCUUUCUCGGAAGUCGCGAUCCUAGGUUACAUCGAUUUCGCAUCCAUCCUGAUCGCGAUCGGCAUCACUAUCAUCGCGACUGGCAUUCAAGCCGGCGAUCAGAUCGGCGGAAUGUCUGCCGUCGACUGGUCUGCGUGGCCUAAGGAAAAUCUUUCCUUUUCUGAAGCCUUCGUCGCCGUGUCCAAUGUCAUCUUUGCAUUCAGUUUCGCCAUCGGCCAGUUCAGUUUCAUGGACGAGAUGCACACGCCCCAGGAAUACAUGAAAUCCAUCUGGGCCUCUGGCACGAUCCAGAUCUGCAUCUACACGCUCACCGGCGCGUUGUGCUACGCCUUCAUUGGCAAAGACGUCCAGUCACCCGCGUUGUUGUCUGCGGGUCCCCUGCUCUCGAAGGUUGCAUUUGGUGUCGCGCUGCCGGUUAUCUUCAUCUCGGGCUCAAUCAACACCACCGUUGCCCUGCGCUACAUCCACGGCCGCAUGUUCAAGAACUCGGUGCUGAGGUACAUCAAUACGGCCGCAGGCUGGGCGUCGUGGAUCGUGCUCGUCGUCAUCUUCACCAUCAUAGCAUGGAUCAUCGCCGAAGCCAUCCCCAUCUUCUCCGACCUGCUGUCGCUGGCUUCCGCGCUCUUCGUGUCUGGGUUCUCGUUCUGGAUCCCCGCGGUCAUGUGGUUUUGCUUGCUCCGCGUUGGAAGCCCGUUUGCGAAGGAGAAUCUGGCUACGAGCACUGCGUGCUUGUUGGCGUUUGUCAUCGGUAUUGUCACGCUGGGUGCGGGAUCGUAUGCGACGAUUGCGGAUAUCAUCAAGCUUACAACGAACGGUAGCGCGCAUAGUCCGUUCACUUGCCGCUCGACUAGCUAG